CAUAAAUCUUCCGAACGAUUACACAUAGGGGUAGCAAUCAUGUCCAACAACGAACACUGAAACUCAACAACACAUAUCUUUUCUCCUCAAGAACAUUUUGGGUGCAACAAACUAUUCUGUUCUUCAAGACGCAUCCAGACAGUUCAGUUCCCAAUCUCAUAAUCAUGUCCGACAACGAACACGAGCAAGCACCCCCCGAUGCUGAGUUAGGCUGGCUAGAUCUGGAAAACGAGAACGGUGAAAUGUACCGUAUCAAGGCAGAGGAAUACGAUAUCUCAGAAGACCAUGAUGAGGACGAAGGUGCAGCGAGCGGGCCUCCCUUCGUUGUUCAAGCCGACUGGACUGUCGGAAGCGACGGAGAACCUUCCGGGGAUGUCCAAAACCAGGCUACAAUCGGCUGGUACCAGCUCAGCAAGGCCCCAUGGUGGAGCAUGUACACCUACAGGUUGACGUUCCAGUCCGAAGACAACUACAACUUCAGUUUCACCGACAAGUCCAACAACAGCUACAGCCUAAAUAAAUGGGCUGGUUCUUAUGUCCACUUACUCGAAUUCAAUUCCUCGGACCCUACUAUCGUUAGCAUCUCGGGUAACUGAUUGGGGUAGGGAUUCGUUCGUCAUACAACCUCCUCGCUUCGGAGAAAAUGGGGGCUGGAUUGGGUAUGAGUGGCAGUUCGGCAUAACAACAUGAUACCAGCCCAUAGAAGCUAAUACCCUUUGCCUCAAAUGCUGGCCCUUACUAUUUCACUGAAGUCUUUCCAAAUCCACGAUACCUUACUUGACCCAGUGCCCAUC